AUGUUUGAUCUGUACAAGUCAUUCAUCCGCAGACGAAUAAAAGUAAAACUAAACGAUAACUCAUCAAUAGAGGGUGACCUGAUAUCGAUAGAUGGCUAUCUCAACCUAGCACUGCAGCAUGUGCUUUUCUAUGAGGAGGGCAUUGCUGAACCUUUUGUUUUUAUAAGUUGCUUGGUGAAGGGAAGCAAUGUGGAUUACAUUGCGUUGCGAUGA